AUGGCUAAUAGCCCGGCUUUUCGUGUCUUGUCCACUUUGGACGAGUCUGCGUCUCACGCUUUUAUCGAACCGCGCAAGAAGAUCUACGAUUCGCAAGAUGUAUCUGCUUUCCUGACCUCAAAAGCCUAUACUGAUAUCAUGACCUGGAUCCUACAACUCAACCGAUCCAUGUUUCCACUUAAACAGGCCGACAAUACUACACAAGCAUGGACUCUCAAUAGCGAUGCGAUACAAUAUUCCGCUCCAAUCCGACAAUUGCAGCAACUGCUUUCGAAACUUCAAGAUAUCAUACAAGAGGUUCCACCCGAUACUGGCCCCCGGCGCUUUGGAAAUAUAAGCUUUCGGAGAUGGUGUGAGGUUGUUGAAAGCCGUGCAUCCGAUCUGCUAAGGGAAUGCCUACCGGCUGAGCUCUUGCAGAGGAGAGUAUCGGAUGAAGGGGCAACGGCGGAGACGGAGUUGAAAGCAUAUUUCUUGGGUAGUUGGGGGAGUGGGCAGCGAUUGGAUUAUGGCACCGGUCAUGAAAUGAACUUCCUCGCCUUUCUGGGUGGAAUCUGGAAGCUGCAGGGAUUCCCCAAGACCGAGCCAGGUGCAGAGGAGCGAGCUAUUGUGGUCGGCGUAAUCCAGCCAUAUCUCGAACUUGUCAGAUUACUCAUUAAAACAUAUACCCUUGAGCCCGCUGGCUCUCACGGCGUCUGGGGUCUCGAUGAUCAUUCCUUCAUUCCGUACAUAUUUGGGUCUGCGCAGUUCUCGCCUGCCAUCACCGAAACCGACCUGACCCCCGAAGAAGGCUCACUGCCUAAUGUGCCUGAGCCAAGCACGAUCAUUCAACGAAAUAUCGUUGACAAGGAACGUCUGACCAACCUAUAUUUCUCCGCAAUCGGGUUCAUUUAUGAUGUGAAGAGAGGCCCAUUCUGGGAGCACAGCCCCAUGCUGUUCGAUAUCUCCGGCAUACAAGCCGGCUGGGGCAAGAUCAAUAAGGGAAUGAUCAAGAUGUACAACGCCGAGGUGCUGUCGAAGUUCCCCGUAGUACAGCACUUCCCUUUCGGAUGUUUAUUCAGCUGGGAUCACGAUCCAAAUGCCGUUCCGCCCUCUACCACGGCCCAUUCCACAUCUGGUCCUCAGUCGCGUCCUGUUGCACCGGAUGGUGGUGCUCCUGAUGUAGCUGCUGCCCGUCCAAUGCCCGGAGCUGGUACUCAAGCACCAUGGGCCAAACAUGGCGCAGGCACUCAGGCCGUUCCCCCGAUGGGCUCAACAGCGGCCCCGUGGGCGGGGGCCAGAAGAGAAGCAGUCCCAACUUCAAGGCCUGGCGCGCCCGGCGCGCCCGGCGCUCUCCCAAUUCUUCCAGAUACCUCAAGGAUGCCUCCUGGGCCUAUGUCACCCACCAGAGCACCCUGGUCUACGCAGACUCGGCCACCACCUUCACAGGAUGGAAAUGCCGAUGUGCCUACCAAAGCUCCUUGGGCUAAAUGA